CAUGGAACUAAAGGGGUAUUUGAGCUGCUGGCAGGCUGGAGGAGAACAAGAGAGAACCUGCCCUUUAAGGAACGUGUGGCGGAUGCUUUUGCGGACGUGAUGGUGUGCUACACCAUGACGAGCUCCCUCUAUAUCAUAACCUUCGGCAUGGGAGCGAGCCCUUUUACCAACAUCGAGUCCGUUAAAAUCUUCUGUCAAAGCAUGUGCGUGGCCAUCCUGGUCAACUACUUCUAUGUGUUCUCCUUCUACGGCUCCUGCCUGGUGUUCGCCGGACAGCUCGAGCAGAACCGUUACCACAGUGUGUUCUGUUGCAAGAUCCCCUCUGUGGAGUAUCUGGACCGCCAGCCAACGUGGUUCAAGACCAUGAUGAGUGACGGCCAUGACCUGUCCACGCACCACGACAGCGUGCCGUACCAGAACCACUUCAUCCAGCACUUCCUGCGAGAGCACUACACCGAAUGGAUUACCAACACCUACGUCAAACCAUUCGUGGUCAUCCUGUAUCUCAUCUAUGCCUCCUUCUCGUUCAUGGGAUGUUUACAAAUAAGUGACGGGUCAAACGUUGUUAACCUGCUGACUAGUAACUCCCCGAGUGUUUCAUACGCUUUGACCCAGCAGAAAUACUUCAGUAAUUAUAGUCCCGUUAUUGGAUUUUACAUAUAUGAGCCCAUUGAAUACUGGAACUCCACUGUGCAGGAGCACCUGAAGACCUUGAGUCACGGCUUUAACAAAAUAUCCUGGAUGGACAACUUUUUCCACUACCUGCGCGUGGUGAACGUGAGUGCAUCCACUAAGAGCGACUUCAUCACCAUUCUAAAGGGUUCCUUUCUGCGAAGUCCAGAGUACCAGCACUUCACUGAGGACAUCAUAUUCUCUAGGAACCGCGAGACUGACGAAUACGACAUUAUUGCCUCGAGGUUGUACUUGGUAGCUCGGACCACGGAAAAGAAGCGAGAAGAAGUGGUCGAGCUUUUGGAAAAGCUCCGCCCCCUGAUGCUGAUUAACAGCAUUAAAUUCAUCGCCUUCAAUCCCACGUUUGUUUUCAUGGACCGCUAUAGCUCCUCGGUAGUAUCACCCAUCUUAACCUCAGGCUUUAGCGUCCUCACGAUCCUCAUCCUCACUUUCUUCCUAGUCAUCAACCCGUUGGGAAACUUCUGGCUCAUCCUUACGGUAACAUCCGUAGAGCUGGGCGUCUUGGGAUUGAUGACUCUUUGGAAUGUCGGCAUGGACAGUAUUUCAAUCCUGUGCCUUAUUUAUACUCUCAACUUCGCCAUGGAUCACUGUGCACCGCACCUGUACACUUUUGUGCUGGCCACGGAGCACACUAGGACGCAGUGCAUCAAACUGGCACUGGAGGAGCACGGGGCGGCCAUCCUACAGAACACAUCCUGCUUCGUGAUCGGGAUCAUGCCCCUGGUGUUUGUGCCUUCCAAUUUGACCUACACACUGUUCAAAUGCUCCCUCCUCACCGCGGCCUGCACCGUGCUGCACUGCUUCGUCAUCCUGCCCGUCUUCCUGACCUUCUUCCCCCCGUCCAAGAAGAGACACAAGAAGAAAAAACGGGCCAAACGGAAAGAGAGAGAGCGAGAGCGGGAAAGGGAAAGAGAGAGAGAACGGGAAGAGAUUGAGUGUAUAGAAGUCAGGGAGAAUCCUGAUCAUGUGACGAACGUC